GACAAGAUGGCGACGGAGCGAGAGAAAGAAGCCGCUGCUUAUUUGGAGAAACACAAAGUCUUCGACCUCAUGAAAAACUUGACAAGCAUGCUCUUCUUUUACAGACCCGAGGACCCCAAAGAGUUUCUCAUUGAGAAACUAGAACAGCUCAAAGAAUCCAGAGACGGUGCCGGUGCAAAAGCGCCAAGUCUGCUCAGCCAUGCUAACCUGGUCGCAGCCUUCGGGAUCGUGGAUCCGGCUAAUGACAAACAUGUCACUUUUGCACAAUACAAGCAGGCGCUCAUCUCUUUGGGCAUGAAAGACAUCAAUGAGUGUCCUGAAGGCGCAAACGAAGACAAAAUAUCCUACGAUACUUUUAUCGACGAAGGGAUGCAGAGCCUGGAGAGAUGCUCAGCAACGUAUGAACCACGUUAAACGAUUCAGUGCACUGUUUUUUGACUGUGAGCGCCUCCUAGAGGCCCACCAAAAAAUAUCUGUUUCCAAGCUGUGGUCUGCCCAGGCCGUAGCGUUGCUCGAUUGUAAUACACUUUUCCACCACUCUGGGCAGUAAUGACAAUACCAAACCAACAAAAGAAGUCUGGAGCUAAAAUUAAGCGCACAAUUAUGACUUAAAUGGUGAAGCUGUGUUUUAUGGGCUUUGUUUAUUUAAAAUAUAUUCACUAUUAAUUUAUUUUAUUUCCUUUAUUUUUUGUCAGUUAUUAUUAUUUACAAAACCUAAAACCAGGGAAGUUGCCACGUUGUGUAAAUCGUAAAUAAAAACAGAAUACAAUGAUUUGCUAAUCCUUUUAAACCUAUAUUCAAUUGAAUAGACUGCAAAGACAAGAUACUUACUGUUCGAACUGGUAAACUUUGUUAUUUUUUGCAAAUAUUAGCUCAUUUGGAAUUUGACGCCUGCAACAUGUUUAAAAAAAAAACUGGCACAAGUGGCAAAAAAGACUGAGAAAGUUGAGGAAUGCUCAUCAAACACUUAUUUGGAACAUCCCAUAGGUGAACAGGCUACUUGGGAACAGGUGGGUGCCAUGAUUGGGUAUAAAUGCAGCUUCCAUGAAAUGAUCAGUCAUUCACAAACAAGGAUGGGGCGAGGGUCACCACUUUGUGAACAAAUGCAUGAGCAAAUUGUCGAGCACUUUAAGAACAACAUUUCUCAAUGAGCUAUUGCAUGGAAUUUAGGGAUUUCACCAUCUACGGUCCGUAAUAUCAUCAAAAGGUUCAGAGAAUCUGGAGAAAUAACUGAGCGAUGAUAUUACAGACCUUCGAUUCCUCAGGCGGUACUGUAUCAAAAAGCGACAUCGGUGUAUAAAGGAUAUCACCAUAUAUCCUUUAUACACCGAAAACUCUACUAUGCAAAGCGAAAGCCAUUUAUCAACAACACCGGCUUUGCUGGGCCCGAGCUCAUUUAAGAUGGACUGAUGCAAAUUGGAAAAGUGUUCUGUUGUCUGACAAGUCCACAUUUCAAAUUGUUUUUGGAAACUGUGGACAUUGUGUCCUCUGCAACAAAGAGAAAAAGAACCAUCCGGAUUGUUAUAGGCGCAAAGUUCAAAAGCCAGCAUCUGUGAUGGUAUGGGGGUGUAUUAGUGCCCAAGGCAUGGGUAACUUACACAUCUGUGAAGGCACCAUUAAUGCUGAAAGGUACAUACAGGUUUUGGAGUAACAUAUGUUGCCAUCCAAGCAACGUUAUCAUGGACGCCCCUGCUUAUUUCAGCAAGACAAUGCCAAGCCACGUGUUACAACAGCUUUGUAGUAAAAGAGUGGCCUGCCUGUAUUCCAGACCUGUCUCCCAUUGAAAAUUUGUGGUGUAAUAUGAUGCCUAAAAUACCACAACGGAGACCCCGGACUGUUGAACAACUUAAGCUGUACAUCAAGCAAGAAUGGAAAGAAUUCCACCUGAAAAGCUUCAAAAAUUGGUCUCCUCAGCUCAAAGGAAAGGCCAUGUAACACAGUGGUAAAAAUGCCCCUGUGACAAUUUUUUUGCAACGUGUUGCUGCUAUUAAAUUCUAAGUUAAUGAUUAUUUGCAAAAAAAAACGUUGUUUCUCAGUUCAAUCUUUAAAUAUCGUAUUUGCAGUCUAUUCAAUUGAAUAUAAGUUGAAAAGGAUUUGCAAAUCAUUGUAUUCUGAUUUUAUUUACGAAUUACACAACGUGCCAACUUCACUGGUUUUGGGUUUUGUAGAAUUCCUUGCAGUAUAUUGGUUCAUACUUAUUUUUCUAAUCAGCCUGACCAAAGCCUAAAGUUUUUGUGUUAAAUAGAUAAUACUUUUUGUGAUCAAGACACCUUUCAUAUCAUCUGACAAUGUUGUAAACUUCAAGUAAGUUAGAUAUAAUUAAAAUCAAGAGUAAGAUCAUUAAAUCAGUGUCAAUAUUUGAAUGGCCCCUCUGUAUUGGAAAAGUUGGGCCCCGAUGUCAAAAACCCGGAUUUAGUGCACAGUGAAGUGUUUCUCUGCAUGUGCAUGUUUACAAAGUACACAUUUUGAUAUGUGCUUUAAUUGCAUUGUAAAUAAAUAUUAAUACAUUUCUGUUGUGUAGAAAAGUAUGUAAACAAGUGUAUUUACAAUCUGCAUAUUUUUUGUAUGUUAUUUAGUUCUUGUUUGCGUUUAUUAGAGUAUUUUUUAUUGUAAUAAAAUCUGUGAGUUUGACCUAUUUGCUUAUUUUCAUUAUGUACUGCUAUUUAGGUCGAAUGUAUUUGUUUUCAUGUAUAGUUUUGAACCUUUUUGUGAUUAUUUACAGCAGAGGUGCCCAAGUGCAGCACGCAACACUUGUGGCACAUUCUAAAAAUACUAUUACACAAAAACAACAUAAAAAAAAGUGAAAUUAAAGCGCAAACUGGUCAAAUGUAACAAGAAAAAGUUGCAAAGUUGACUCUAAUAAGUCAAA